CAUUUCUCUAGGACUCCAAAAGAAAGCGGAAGAGGCUCACGGAGCGGAUUUGCAAAACCUUUCGACUAAAUGUUGUGACCAAAGCGUUGUUGCAUUUAUCCAAAGGAGCGAGGCGAACGUCAGCGCCAUUGUCAUGGAGAGAAACGCGCGGCUGACGAAAUGUUGGGAGGCGCUCACGGGGCGAUACGUUCGGGAGCCGACGACCGUAAAUGAAGUCGUGCCGCCGCGGUCUCACGGAAAAACCUCCAAAUGACAUCUCGACAAUGACAAUAUAAGCGUGACAUUCAGCCGACGAACGCAAGAUGUACUGGAGUCAACUGUUUAACAUGGACAUGCUCAAGGGUCCACUGGACAUGCUCAAGAGUCCGUUGGGCGUGGGCGCCGCCGCCGGACUGGGCUGCGGGCUCUUCCUGGGUUGGCAGCUGCGUGCUUACUUGGGUCCGUCCCCCAAAGGUCUGAUGACGGCCGUGGCGUUGGGCUCGAGCGAAGUGACGCAUGUAGAAGACGGAGGGGAGUACAAGAUGAUCCUGGUGAUCCGCAGCGACCUGAAGAUGACCAAGGGCAAGGUGGCGGUGCAGUGCUCCCACGCGGCCGUGGCGGCCUUCAAACAGGUGCAGCGCAGAAACCCGGACCUCCUCAAAAUGUGGGAGUCCUACGGCCAGUCCAAAGUGGUGGUCAAGGCCCCGGACGAGGACACCCUGGUUCAGCUCAUGGAGGUCGCCAAGGAGAUGAGGCUGCCCGUGAGCCUGAUCCAGGAUGCGGGCAGGACACAAGUCGCCGCCGGCUCCCGCACAGUGCUCAGCAUCGGUCCCGGUCCGACUGAGCUCCUCGACAGCAUCAGUGGAGGCUUGAAGCUUUAUUAAAGCUCCCUCUUCUUCAGAUGAAUGUCCCAUAUACAGCUUCUAUACUGUAACAACUUGUAAUGUCAAUGUUUAAUACAAAGGAAAUGCAAUUACA